UCGUUGCGCAUCACUGCACGUCACACGUGUUUAUAUUUGUUUGUGGAGAGAACGCACAUUUCUUAAAUUAUAUUUAAAAUGUAUCUUAUGUACACAAUUAGUGAAAACGGAGAUCGUAUUUAUACGCUUAAGAAACGUACGGAGGACGGCCGACCCACCUUGUCCGCACAUCCAGCUCGUUUUUCACCUGAAGACAAAUACUCUAGACAGCGCAUUACCAUCAAGAAACGUUUUGGAUUGCUGCUCACACAGAAGCCAGAGCCCGUCUAUUAAUCCAGGGCUUAGGUUUAAAUUAGCUUACAUAUGUAUAUUUACAAAUUAUAAGUAAAGAAAACAAACAAAACA